AUGGCUGAUUAUGAAGGUUUUUAUGCGUACAAACCUCACAAAGGCGCUGCAAUUGCAUUUGUUGUUCUGUUUGGGAUUUUAAUUCCUUAUGCCUUGGUACAGAUCACAAUGGCAAUACACAGGAGCAGGAGGUGUAUGUAUCUUUGCAAGUGCAACGAGUUAUCAGAGGAAAAUUCCACAGUAACAUACUUUUCAGCUCGCAAUUUGAUGUGGACAUAUUUUCCUUUCGUUUUAGGGAUUAUUUUACAGUUUGUAGGUUAUGUGUUGAAAAUAGUCUUCAUCAAUAGGCCCGAGAUUUCAACCUUCAUCGCUCAGUCGGUUCUUUUAUUGAUAGCACCUUCGCUUUACGCUCUUACUAUUUUUAUGUUGUUCAGCAAAAUGGCACGUCUACUGCUUAUGGAGAGACAUAUGAUAAUUCCUGCGAAAUAUAGCACGGUUUCAUUUCUAGUGAGUGACAUGAUUGGGCGUGUCCUGCAAGCUGUAGGAGGUGGGCUGUUAUCCUCAUGGAACAGCAGGAAUACUGGGCGUGUUUUAAUUAUCGUGGGCCUCUUUAUUCAGAUAUUCUGUUAUGGGGUUUUAAUGUUAAACCAACUUUUUCUCGAUUAUAAGAUGAAGAGAGCAACUAGUAAAAUUCUUCGGGAUAGUGACGCAUGGUUCCAGUUCAAUUAUAUACUUUUGAGUGGGAUAGUUCUUGUUAAUGCUAGAACUAUUGUCAGAGUGGUACAAUUCCUAAUGGGCUUAAAAAGUUAUAUAAGUCAGCACGAAUGGUGCCUCUACGUUUUCGAUACAGUUCCAAUGUUUUUACUACCUUUAAUAUUCUUAGUCUGUUUCCAUGCAAGGAAUCUAUUCAAGUUGCAGGAAAAGUCUGUAGAUAUUCAAUUAGCCAAGAUAUUAACAAAGGAAUCUGCGUCUGAAAAUUAG